CAGGCACUGGCACACCAUCAGAUUUUGACAGCGAGUCUCAUGGUGUGAUAUUCCAGCCAAGAAGUUCCCGACAGUGUGUCUAUUUCAACAUCACAGAUGACAAUAUUGUGGAAGAGAGAGAGUGCUUCAAUGUCACUUUGGGAAGGACUGCAGACCUGGACGAUAGAGUUCAGCUUGGACGAAUGUCUACGACCAUUUAUAUCAAUGAUAAUGACGGGGCAACAGUGAGACUGGAUCCACUAGUUACGGUGAAUACUGAGGGAAGAUCUGUCGAACUCUGUGCUAUCGUGGAGUCUGCCAUCACAGGCUGUCGCAUUGAAUAUGAUUUCAACAUAACUUUUGAUAUCAGAGGAACUGCAGACGAAGGAGAAGACUAUUCUGGUCUGGAGUCAUACCUAACCAUACCUAAAUGCAGAAACAGGCAGUGUAUGAUGAUACAAAUCACAGAGGACCAGGUUGUGGAAAUGAAAUGAGACCAUUUUAGUUAGGAUUUCUCAGAGUGUGAACUCUGUCAGCUAUGACAGCAGUACAGCGACCAUCACCAUCUAUGACAACGACAAUGCGAUGGUCCGCCUCAGGUCUCUCUACCAGAUAGUACGGGAGAAUGUUGGUAGAGCGAGUGUUUGUGCUGUCGUCAGUGGACAUCCUCUUAAAUCUAUUGCCUUCCCCUUUUUAUAUACGGUUCAGAUUUAACCCCGAGAGUGCAACUCGUCCUGAAGACUUUAGUACGGCACAGGUAGAUGUGAGAUAUGAUCCUGUCCGGAACAAGGCGUGUGCUCAGCUGGUAGUGGUGGACUUUCCUGGAGCGGAGUUGCCCGAGUCGCUCUGUGUGCAGAUCGAACUGAAGGACGAUCAUUCAGCCAUUCAGAUCAGCAACACUCAGAAUUAUGGAAUCAUUGAGAUAAUGGAUGACGACAUUGCUGGAAUAGGUCUGGAGAGGACUGUCUACACUAUGAGCUCUACUGCUGAAACAGUGGAAGUGUGUCUCUACGUAUCAAGGCCAGCAAUAAGUUGCCCCAUCACUUUCCCCUUCGACAUCUUCUUCAAUUUAACAACCAGUGCAGGUGUGUUUGAAGUUGAUACAACCCAAGAGCUCAGUCAGGGCGAUGGCGUCGAUGAAGAAGGACGCGGACUCUACAAACUCCUCUUUGACGCGUGCCAGAAGCGAUUCUGUUUCGACAUCAGUCGGAGGGACGUAACAAGUGGAGUCCGUGGAAGGUUUGAGAUGACUGUAACCAGGACACCAGACCACGGCCGGACCACCGAGAUCGUUCCAAACAGGGGAUAUAUCGAAAUUCGUUAACGCGACUAUACUGAAUGAAGAACUGCAAACUGUAUGCUAUAGAGGGAGCUGUGAAUUCCCCCAUUGAUUAAUCGUACUAUAAUUGGUGAAAUUUGAUGUAUUUUGCU